GAGGACUGACUUGGGAUCUGAGAGGUUCCCUCUCCCCGACCGCAGGUAACCAGCGACUCCCUCUCGCUCCUCUGCCCGGCUCUGCUCCGCACCCGGGCUCCGCCGCCGGCCCCCAGGCCGCCAGAGCUUCCCGGCCGCGUUCGUGGCCCCGCCGCUCCAGCCCGACUCUGGCCCAGCCGCAUGGACACCCCCAGGCCGCCCUGGCAGCGGCUGCGGCCGGCUUGGGGCGUUCGGCGAGGGGACAGGUCAGGUGCGGGGUCGGCAUGGAGCCUCCUUCUUCGCAGGGAGCUCGCCGGGCCCGGUGUUAAAAGGACGUGAACAAAGUCUGCUCAGACUUCCUGCUGUGAACCAGCAGAACUUUUGAACAGGUUUCUCCACAUACAGAGAUUUAUUGUAAAAACACAGAAAAGAAUGGCAGCGGAAACGCAGACACUGAACUUUGGGCCUGAAUGGCUCCGAGCUCUGUCCAGCGGUGGGAGUGUUACAUCACCGCCUCUUUCUCCAGCAUUGCCGAAGUAUAAGUUGGCAGACUAUCGGUACGGCAGAGAAGAAAUGCUAGCACUUUUCCUUAAAGACAACAAGAUUCCUUCAGACCUUCUGGAUAAAGAAUUUCUCCCUAUCCUGCAGGAGGAGCCCCUGCCACCGUUGGCUCUCGUACCCUUUACAGAGGAAGAACAGAGGAACUUUUCCAUGUCUGUAAAUAGUGCUGCUGUCCUGCGAUUGACAGGCCGAGGAGGAGGAGGAGCAGUGGUGGGGGCUCCUAGAGGGCGGAGUUCUUCAAGAGGGCGAGGCAGAGGCAGAGGUGAAUGUGGUUUCUACCAAAGAAGCUUUGAUGAGGUGGAGGGCGUGUUUGGUCGAGGAGGUGGCAGGGAAAUGCAUAGAUCGCAGAGCUGGGAGGAAAGGGGUGACAGACGUUUUGAAAAGCCAGGACGAAAAGAUGUAGGGAGACCAAAUUUUGAGGAAGGUGGACCGACAUCAGUGGGGAGAAAGCAUGAAUUUAUACGAUCAGAAAGUGAAAAUUGGCGUAUCUUUAGAGAGGAACAAAAUGGAGAAGAUGAAGAUGGAGGUUGGCGACUGGCUGGAUCAAGAAGGGAUGGAGAGAGGUGGCGGCCACACAGUCCUGAUGGCCCUCGUUCUGCAGGCUGGCGGGAACACAUGGAACGACGGCGAAGGUUCGAAUUUGAGUUUCGAGACCGAGACGAUGACCGGGGCUAUCGGAGGGUACGCUCUGGCAGUGGGAGCAUAGACGAUGACAGGGACAGCUUGCCUGAGUGGUGCUUAGAGGAUGCUGAUGAAGAAAUGGGCACAUUUGACUCAUCGGGAGCAUUCCUCUCUCUAAAGAAAGUGCAGAAGGAGCCUAUACCAGAGGAGCAGGAGAUGGACUUCAGGCCUGUGGAGGAGGGGGAGGAGUGCUCUGACUCUGAGGGGAGCCAUAAGGAAGAAGCCAAAGAACAGGAUCAGAUGAAUAAGAAAGAGAGCGAGAAAACAGAUGGAGUAGGAGUUGAAGCGAGUGAGGAAACAUCCCAAACCUCUUCCUUGUCUGCUAGACCAGGUACUCCUUCAGACCAUCAGCCUCAGGAAGUUCCACAGUUUGAGAGGAAAGAGGAACCCAAAACUGAGCAAACAGAAAAAGCUGAAGAGGAGAGUCGAAUGGAAAAUAGUCUGCCAACCAAAGUGCCUAGCAGAGGAGAUGAAAUGGUUCCUGAUGUCCAACAGCCCCUGUCACAGAUUCCCUCAGAUACUGCCUCUCCUCUUCUCGUACUUCCACCUCCUGUUCCCAGUCCAAGUCCUGCCCUCCGGCCAGUUGAAACGCUGGUCAUGGCUGCUCCUGGUAUGGGCAGUGUCUCCACAGAGCCAGAUGAUGAAGAGGGUCUCAAACAUUUGGAGCAGCAAGCUGAGAAGAUGGUGGCUUAUCUCCAAGACAGUGCACUAGAUGAUGAGAGACUAGCAUCAAAACUGCAAGAGCACAGAGCCAAAGGAGUUUCAAUCCCCUUGAUACAUGAAGCAAUGCAGAAGUGGUAUUACAAAGAUCCCCAGGGAGAAAUUCAGGGUCCCUUCAAUAAUCAGGAGAUGGCGGAAUGGUUUCAGGCGGGCUAUUUUACUAUGUCUUUAUUGGUGAAGAGAGCAUGUGAUGAGAGCUUCCAGCCUCUUGGUGAUAUCAUGAAAAUGUGGGGAAGGGUUCCCUUCUCUCCCGGCCCAGCUCCCCCUCCCCAUAUGGGAGAGUUGGACCAGGAGCGACUGACUAGGCAGCAGGAACUCACAGCCUUGUACCAGAUGCAGCACCUCCAGUAUCAGCAGUUCUUAAUACAACAGCAAUACGCACAGGUUUUGGCUCAACAACAGAAAGCAGCCCUGUCUUCCCAGCAGCAGCAACAGUUGGCACUUCUUCUCCAGCAGUUCCAGGCUCUGAAGAUGAGGAUGUCAGAUCAGAACGUCAUUCCCUCAGUAACGAGGUCUGUGUCAGUACCAGACACUGGCUCCAUCUGGGAGCUUCAGCCAACAGCCGCACAGCCUACAGUUUGGGAAGGUGGUAGUGUAUGGGAUCUUCCCCUGGAUACCACGACUCCAGGACCUGCCCUUGAACAGCUUCAGCAGAUGGAGAAGGCCAAAGCUGCAAAGCUAGAGCAGGAGAGAAGAGAGGCAGAAAUGAGGGCAAAACGGGAAGAGGAAGAGCGAAAGAGGCAAGAGGAACUUCGGAGACAACAGGAGGAAAUUCUUCGGAGACAACAGGAGGAGGAAAGGAAAAGGCGGGAGGAAGAAGAGCUUGCCAGAAGGAAACAGGAAGAGGCUCUGCGGCGCCAGAGGGAGCAGGAAAUUGCACUGAGGCGACAGCGAGAAGAGGAGGAGCGACAGCAGCAGGAGGAAGCUCUUAGAAGGCUAGAGGAGAGGAGAAGAGAAGAGGAAGAAAGGCGGAAGCAAGAAGAAUUGUUACGCAAGCAGGAAGAGGAGGCUGCAAAAUGGGCCCGGGAAGAAGAAGAAGCUCAGCGUCGAUUAGAGGAAAGCCGGCUGCGAAUGGAAGAAGAGGCAGCCAGACUCCGGCAUGAGGAGGAGGAACGGAAGAGGAAAGAGCUGGAGCUCCAGCGGCAGAAGGAGUUGAUGCGGCAGAGGCAGCAGCAGCAGGAGGCUCUCCGCAGGUUGCAGCAGCAGCAGCAACAACAGCAGUUGGCACAGAUGAAGCUCCCCUCCUCCUCCACGUGGGGCCAGCAGUCCAGUACAACAGCAUGUCAGUCCCAGGCAACGCUGUCAUUGGCUGAAAUCCAAAAACUGGAAGAAGAACGAGAACGGCAGGUUCGAGAAGAGCAAAGGCGCCAGCAGAGGGAAUUGAUGAAAGCUCUCCAGCAGCAGCAGCAGCAGCAGCAGCAGAAACUCUCAGGGUGGGGGAACGUCAGCAAACCUGCAGGUACCACGAAAUCCCUUCUGGAGAUACAACAGGAAGAGGCCAGGCAAAUGCAGAAGCAGCAGCAGCAGCAGCAGCAGCAGCAACCAAACAGAGCCCGGAAUAAUACGCAUUCCAACCUGCACACCAGCAUUGGGAAUUCUGUUUGGGGCUCUAUAAACACCGGUCCCCCUAACCAGUGGGCAUCGGACCUAGUCAGUAGUAUCUGGAGUAAUGCUGACACUAAAAACUCCAACAUGGGAUUCUGGGAUGAUGCAGUGAAAGAGGUGGGACCUAGGAAUUCAACAAAUAAAAAUAAAAAUGCCAGUCUCAGUAAAUCUGUAGGUGUGUCUAACCGGCAGAAUAAGAAAGUAGAAGAAGAAGAAAAGUUGCUGAAGCUCUUUCAGGGAGUAAAUAAAGCCCAAGAUGGAUUUACCCAGUGGUGUGAACAGAUGCUUCAUGCCCUUAAUACGGCAAAUAACUUGGAUGUUCCCACAUUUGUUUCUUUCUUGAAAGAAGUAGAAUCUCCUUAUGAAGUCCAUGAUUAUAUCAGGGCCUAUUUAGGAGAUACGUCUGAGGCCAAGGAAUUUGCCAAGCAGUUCCUCGAGCGCCGUGCCAAACAGAAAGCCAGCCAGCAGCGGCAGCAGCAGCAGCAGCAGCAGCAGGACUCUGUGUGGGGGAUGAACCACAGUACACUCCAUUCAGUAUUUCAGACCAAUCAGAGUAACAAUCAACAAUCCAAUUUUGAGGCUGUACAAAGUGGCAAGAAGAAGAAAAAGCAGAAGAUGGUCCGAGCUGAUCCCAGUUUAUUAGGGUUUUCAGUCAACGCAUCAUCGGAGCGACUCAAUAUGGGUGAAAUCGAGACUUUGGAUGACUACUGAUCACUUGCCAAUGGACUGGCCUUCCCUCUCCUUUGCUGACCAUGGACUCCACCACAACACUUACUCACCAUUUACUCUUGUCACUCUGCAACAAGUCACAGAACCCAUCAUCUCAGGCUUUGUCUUCUAGCCCUUUUUGUCCAAGAUUCUUUAAGCAGUUUUUGUGGGUGAGCAUCAAGACUGUAGAUAAGUGGACCGGACUCUGUCUUGGGGGUAGUAGUUGGGAGCCCUCCCCAACAAGGCUGAUUUUGGGCAGCAAGUGUUUACUGUGCUGUGGUUUCAUCUAAUGUCUCCCAGAAAGUGUGUUGGGAUCUGUAGCAUGCCUUCUCUUGUCACCCCCCCCCCACCUUUUUCUUCUUCUUCUUCCUUUGUUUUUGUUUUUUUUUCCUUCCCCGUAGGGAUAAGGGGUUAACUGGUGCAAUCAUAAAGAGAGUUAAUGGUUAACAGACAUUGUUCAGCAACCAGCAGCCCAUGGACUGUGACUUGAGUGUCUGACAGAGGCAGUCAGAGAGUGCACUUGGUCUGAGAGUUGCAUUGCCACAGCUAACUUUGGGAAUGUAUCAAGGAGGCCCCGAGUGGGGUGGGAUUUAGCUUGGAUUGAUUUGAUGUUGCACCCCCCUUGCCUGUUCUUUCUGGGCAUUCUGGAGAAAGGAUUCAUGGUUUUCUUAUUAGAUAGUGACUUGCAAGCAAGCUGACUUCUCCCCUGGCAUUCUCCUACCUGAUUGGACAAAGGAAACUCUAUGGCCUGGGAGAGGGACUUAAUAAUUUUUCUUUCUUACAAAAACUGAUGUUUCCCAUAAAUAUUUUUACUUCAGAGGACUAGGACCAGUUUGUUUUGGGCCCUUCUGCUGAAAAUUUGUCUCGUUUAAGAGGCAACUAGGAUCUUUAUCAUAUGUAUGAAUUUGUAUAAUUUCAUUUUGGAUAGGGACAAACUUUUGCUUCCGAUAAAAGCCCAGAAUUUCAUCUGGUUCUUCAGAGCGUUGUGUGUGUGUGUCUUGCUGUGGCCCUGAAAAGGUUUUGUUUAAAGAUUCUGGAAUGGCAGGCUACUUGCCUUUUCUGAAAAGAGAACAUACAGAACCUGACCAUCUUUAAGACCUUCAUCCGUGGAGACCACUAAACAGGAGGAUGCAGUAGGUUGGAGGGGAACAGGAGAUAACGGGAGAAAGGAGCCUGGUCUGGCUUCUCAUCUGACUUCCCAACGCCCCUUCAGAUAUAAAUGUAUUUUAGCCCUAUUUAUAAACAAAUACUUUUCCUGCCUCCACCAACCCCUCUCCCCCACCUAAACAUUACCCAAAAUCACCCGUCGCACUUGAGUUCUGGAGCCGCAGGGCUGCCUUUCCACAUGGAAGGAGCACCGUGCUGUGGGGACUCCUGGGUGAAGCACCUUUUCUUUCUGUCAUCGUCGCCUGAUGGAGGCUGGAGUUGCUCUGAGAGCAGUUUGGUUUUGGAUGAUUAUAUUUGGUUUUUAUUUUUAUUAUUUUGGAUCACCAUUCUCCCUAUCCCUUCUUGCCUCCUUCCCUCCUAAAUAUGUAAAAUAACUAUACAAAGACUGCUACAAACUUGUAUAUAGUUUUUGGAUCAAAUAGCAUGAGGAGACGGGAACCAUCAAAAUUGGGGCUCCUGCUCUCCUUUGCUUUGUAUAUUCAAAAGUGGGGGUUGGGGAAGAGGGAUAGUUAAAAUGUUUACAAAACUUUAAGCUCCCUCGGAACUUUUGCCAGUGUGGAGGAAAAUAAAAAAGAACUUAAAUAAAA